UACUUCCGGGUUGGUGGAUGUAAACAGAAGGACGUUCCGCCUCUGGAGACAGCAGUAGAAACCAUGACCAAACUGGAGCUGUUGAACGUGUUUCUCAACGACAGACUGACAGCGGCCGCUGAGGAGAUCUUCCGCGCCGUUAAGAACACGGUGGUGGAGUACCAGAGUGAGAUCCUGCGGUCUAAAGAGGAGAACGAGCGGCUGAAGCGGCUCCUGAACGCAGCCGUCCAGCGUCUCCUGCUGCAGCCAGAACCUCACUCUGUGCCGCCCCUAGAAGAUGGACACUCCUGUGAAUCUGAUUGGCUGCCACAAAUUAAAGAGGAACCGAGACUCAAAAACAUUCAGACAGAUUGUUCGCAAGAAGUAGAUGACUCAGCGGAAGGAAACUGCAGUCAUGUUGAGCCACUGCAGGGGUCACAUCCUCCACCAGCCAAAACUGUGUGUAGCAGACAAAGUGUCUCCCCACCUCCACUAACAUCCCAAGAGAUUAAAGCAGAGGGUGACAGAGAGGACAGCAGGAAACAGCAGCCAGCCAACAGCUUACCAUCCUCCACAACAGGUAAUUCAAACUGCAGAGUGACUCAGAGUGAUUCUAGUGCCAGCACAGUGAAGAGUCACAGGACUCAGAGAACAGAGCAGCAGAUGAAAGAGUUACUUCGCUCAAAUGGAAAACAGAGCGCACACAUACUGCAGAUCAAGAAUGUCAGAUCCCUGAAGCCGCCUCUGGCUCGCUCCUCUCAUCCGAGCCAGAGCAUUCAGAGAUGGCACAGCUGUAAAGAGUGUGGGAAGGGCUUCAGCUUCGCCUGCCAGCUUGAGGUCCACAUGCGCUGGCACACCAAGGAAAAGCCUUACAGCUGUGCAGUGUGCCGAAAGAGCUUCACCACGGUCAGCAUGCUGAAGAGGCACCACCGUAUACACACAGGAGAAAAGCCCUUUCGCUGCCAUGUCUGUGGGAAAUGCUUCAACCAAUCAGCACACCUCAACACCCACUUCAGGCUGCACACCAGAGAGAGGGCCGGCUGGAGCCGAGCACCACACUCUAAAUGAACAAAGAUACGGCAAACAGCUAACGUGACAUCUGUAAAAAGCUUUAACUAGCCAGAUUUGAGAUUCAGUGUACAAUAAUAGUGUUUGAGUGUGUCUUAUCUAUUGUGCAAUAAAGUGUGGUACUGUA